AUGGAACCUGGACCUGAGCCCAGCCUGGUCUCACUUGCAUACCUUGAACAGAGUAUCUGUCAGGCACGCGCGGCUGUGAUGGUUUACGACGAUGCCAAUAAGAAGUGGGUGCCAGCCGGAGGCUCCACGGGGUUCAGCCGAGUCCACAUCUACCAUCACACGGGCAACAACACCUUCCGCGUGGUGGGCAGGAAGAUCCAGGACCACCAGGUGGUGAUCAACUGUGCCAUUCCUAAAGGGUUGAAGUACAAUCAAGCUACACAGACCUUCCACCAGUGGCGAGACGCUAGACAGGUGUACGGUCUCAACUUUGGCAGCAAAGAGGAUGCCAAUGUCUUUGCAAGCGCCAUGAUGCAUGCCUUAGAAGUGUUGAAUUCGCAGGAAGCAGGGCCAACCUUGCCUAGACACAAUUCACAACUACCUGCCCAAGUGCAAAAUGGCCCGUCCCAAGAAGAAUUGGAAAUUCAAAGGAGGCAACUUCAAGAGCAGCAGCGGCAGAAGGAGCUGGAGCGGGAGAGGCUGGAGCGAGAGAGGAUGGAGAGGGAGCGGUCCGAGCGGGAGCGGCUGGAGCAGGAGCAGCUGGAGAGAGAGAGGCAAGAGCGGGAGCGGCAGGAGCGGCUGGACAGGCUGGACCGCGAGCGCCAGGAGCAGCGGGAGCGCCAGGAGCAGCUGGAGAGGGAGCAGCAGCUGGAGUGGGAGCAACGGGAGCGGAGAGCCACCGCUGCCCCCGCCUCUGCGGAGACCCCUCUAAACUCUGUGCUGGGAGACUCCUCUGCUUCUGAGCAGCCAGGCUUGCAGGCAGCCUCUCAGCCGGCCGAGACGCCAGCCCCACCGGGCAUUGCCUUGGGACCACCUGCACCCCCACCCCCUCCUCCACUCCCCCCAGGCCCUGCCCAGGCUCCAGGGGCACUGCCUCCUCCCCCCGGACCGCCCCCUCCUCCUCCACUGCCAGCCUCGGGGCCUCCGCCUCCCCCUCCGCCACCCCCUCUCCCCAACCAGGCGGCCCCUCCUCCCCCGCCGCCCGCCCCGCCGCUCCCCGCCUCUGGAUUUUUUGCGGGAUCCGGGUCCUCCGAAGACAAUCGCCCGCUGACGGGACUGGCAGCGGCCAUCGCCGGAGCAAAGCUUAGGAAAGUGUCCCGGAUGGAGGAUGCCUCUUUCCCGAGUGGGGGCAGUGCCGUCGGUGUGAACUCGGCCUCAUCCAAAGCGGACACGGGGCGUGGGAACGGACCCCUCCCUCUGGGGGGCAGCGGUUUAAUGGAGGAAAUGAGUGCCCUGCUGGCCAGAAGGAGGAGGAUUGCGGAAAAGGGAUCAACCAUAGAAGCAGAACAAAAAGAGGACAAAAGUGAGGAUGCAGAGCCCGUCAUUGCUAAAGCCUCUUCCACAAGUACACCUGAACCAACAAGGAAACCUUGGGAGAGAACCAAUACCAUGAACGGCAGCAAGUCCCCCGUGAUUUCCAGACCAAAAUCCGCACCCUCGUCCCAGCCCAGUGCCAACGGAGUCCAGACCGAGGGGAUAGACUACGACCGGCUGAAGCAGGACAUUUUAGAUGAAAUGAGGAAAGAAUUAACCAAGCUAAAAGAGGAGCUCAUUGAUGCAAUCAGGCAGGAACUGAGCAAGUCCCACACCGCGUAG